AUGUCAGGAUAUGAUCGUGCGCUAUCAGUUUUCUCGCCAGAUGGCCGCUUGCUUCAAGUAGAAUACGGUCAAGAAGCUGUUCGCCGUGGUACUACUGCUGUUGCUCUUCGCGGAAAAGAUUGUAUUGUUAUUGGCGUGGAGAAGAAAAACGUCCCCAAGUUACAAAAUCCAGGAAGUUUCCAAAAGAUUGCAUUAAUCGACAAUCACGUGUGCUUGGCUUUUGCUGGUUUAAAUGCGGAUGCACGAAUUUUAAUUGAUAAGGCUCGUAUUGAAGCUCAAUCACACAAAUUGAACUUGGCAGACCCUGCUUCUUUAGAGUCCAUAACCCGUUAUGUAGCUGGUGUCCAGCAAAAAUAUACACAAGCAGGUGGUGUCCGUCCCUUUGGUGUGUCGACACUUAUUGCCGGCUUUGACGUGAAUAGCAACGUGCCUAGAGUUUACCAGACAGAACCGGCAGGCGUUUACAAUGCAUGGAAAGCUUCCGCUAUCGGUCGUUCUAGCAAGGGUGCCCGUGAAUUUUUGGAAAAGAACUGGAAGGAAGACUUGUCCCGUGAAGAAUCGAUUCGCCUUACAAUUAACAGUCUAUUAGAAGUUGUUCAAACUUCUGCUGGUAACGUUGAGCUUGCCAUUAUGGACCCUGGUAAAGACGUUGAAUUCCUUCCCUCUGAACAAAUUGAUUCCAUCGUCAAAAUGCUUCAGGAAGAGAAAGAGGCUGAAGCCGCUCGUAAGAAAAACGGCCGCGCUGCUGCUACUUCUGCUUCAACCACUUCACAAUCAUAA